CGCACUGCGCAGAGCAGAGAGAAAAGCAGGAACAGCUCGACUCAGCCCGUCCUCCGACCGGCAACAGCGAUUUCUUCUAUUUAUUUCUCUCGAAUACUGCUUCAGCUACCCGGAAAGGCUAAUUUUUACCCGUCCACAGAAUACCCUUCAGGCAAGCACGGAAUGGAGGUCAGAUCGGCAGCGCAGGGCUGGGUAGGCGCUGGGCGGGUCGCGCUGCUGGCCGCGGUGCUGCUGUGCGUGUGGGGCCGGGCGGCGGCCGAGCGGGUCCGCUACGCCAUCCCCGAGGAGCUGGGCAGAGGCUCGCUCGUGGGGCCGCUGGCGCGGGACUUGGGGCUCAGCGCGGACGAGCUGCCGGCGCGCAAGCUGCGGAUCGUCACCAGCGACGAAAAGCAGUACUUCACUCUCGAGGAAGAUAAUACAAACCUGCGUGUAAAUGGCAGGAUAGACCGAGAGAGCAUCUGCGGGGCCAUGUCACCCUGUGUCCUCAGUUUGGAAGCAGUUGUGGAAAACCCUUUCGACAUAUUUCAUGUGAGUGUUACUAUUCAGGAUAUCAAUGACAAUGCGCCGCAGUUUGACAGAGAAUUUGUUACCAUAGAAAUUAUCGAGUCGACGCCUCCUGGUACCAGGUUCCCACUGAACAGUGGUAGAGACCCCGACAUUGGAGUGAAUUCUUUACAAAACUACGAACUUACUCCCAACCCACUCUUCUCCCUUUUAGUGAAGGAGAGCCCUGAUGGGACAAAACAUGCGGAAUUGGUACUGGAGAAAUUCUUAGAUCGAGAAAAACAGAGAAAUCACCAUUUGAUAUUGACGGCAGUGGAUGGUGGCGAUCCAGUCCGAUCUGGGACCGCCCAGAUUAAGAUUAAUGUGACCGACGCAAAUGACAACCCGCCAGUAUUCACCAAAGAAAUCUACACAGUUCGACUGGUGGAAAACCUGCCAGAGGGGUCUCUAGCAUUUCAGGUGAAAGCUACUGACAAUGACGAAGGUACAAAUGCAGAAAUUACCUACUCCUUCAGCGAAAUAUCAAAAAGUAUCCGCCAGCACUUCACUCUGGACCCUAGGACAGGGGACGUGAAGGUUACAGGACCCUUAGAUUAUGAAGAAAGGAAAUACUACGAAAUGAGUGUUGAAGGAAGGGAUGGGGGCGGGUUGACAGCACACGCCAAAGUACACAUAGACAUUAUAGACGUAAACGACCAUGCACCAACACUUUCUCUCCUGCCUAUUUUGAACCCAAUACCCGAAGACUCAGUCCCGAGCACAGUUGUAGCUGUGAUUAAUGUCCGCGACAGAGAUUCGGGAGAAAACGGAGAGGUGAGCUGUAAAAUGAAGGGAAAUUUGCCUUUCAAAUUAGAAAUUUCAUCGGAGAACACAUACAAACUAAUAAUAGACAGUGCCCUGGACAGAGAAAACGUCUCCGCUUACAAUAUCACCAUCACUGCCACGGACCGGGGCAAGCCGGCGCUGUGGAGCAGCAGGGAGCUGGUGCUGGAGGUGUCGGACGUGAACGACAACGCGCCGGUGUUCGAGGAGGCGGCGUACAGCGCGUACGUGGCGGAGAACAACGCGGCGGGCGCGCUGGUGCUGCGCGUGCAGGCGCGGGACGCGGACGCGGGCGCCAACGGGCGCGUGAGCUACUGGCUGGCGGGCGGCAGCGCGGGCGCGGCGGGUGCGGCGCCGCUCGUGUCGGUGGAGGCGCGGAGCGGCGCGCUGUACGCGCAGCGCUCCCUGGACUACGAGCAGUGCCGCGAGUUCACGGUGGCCGUGCGGGCGCAGGACGGCGGCUCGCCGGCGCGCAGCUCCACGGCCACGGUGCGCGUCUUCGUGCUGGACCGCAACGACAACGCGCCCAGGGUGCUGUGGCCGGCGGCGGCGGCGGCGGCGGGAGAGGCGGCGGGAGGGGCGGCGACGCCUUUCGAGGUGGUGCCGCGUUCGGCCGAGGCCGGCUACCUGGUGGCCAAGGUGGUGGCGGUGGACGCGGACGCGGGGCGCAACGCGUGGCUGUCGUACGAGCUGGUGCAGGCGUCGGAGCCGGCGCUGUUCCGCGUGGGGCUGCACAGCGGCGAGGUGCGCACGGCGCGCGCCGUGUCCGAGCGGGACGCGGCCAAGCAGCGUGUGGUGGCCGUGGUGAAGGACCACGGGCAGCCGGCGCUGUCGGCCACGGCCACGCUGCACGUGGUGCUGGCCGAGAGCUUGCAGGAGGCGCUGCCGGAGCUGAGCGAGCGGCCGGCGGGCGCCGAGGAGGAGGCGGCGGCGGCGGCCGAGCUGCAGUUCUACCUGGUGCUGGCGCUGGCGCUGCUGUCGGCGCUCUUGGUGCUGAGCGUGGCGCUGGCCGUGCUGGCGCGGCUGCGCCGGGCCGGGCCGCCCGCCGUGCUGCGCUGCCUGGGCGCGCAGCGCUUCUCGCUGGCCGGCGCCGCCUUCCCGGCCGACUUCUGCGAGGGCACCUUGCCCUACUCCUACAACCUGUGCGUGGCGGCGCCGGCCCGCGCCGUGCCCGAGGCCGCUUGGCCGCCGCCGCCGCCGCCGGUGCCCGUCCUGUCGGCGGAGGAACUGCUGGGCGGCGAUUCCUGCGAGAAGCCGAGCUCCAACUGCAGCGCUAUCGAGGGAGAAGUGUCUGCCCAACCCGACCUACCGCAGGUCUGUAAAACCGUAAGCACCUGCUGUUCUCCUUGA